AUGUUUAUUCUCCCUAUUAUUUUUAUGUCAUCUCUUGGUACUUUAUUUUCUUUCAUGUUUCCUUUAGAAUUUUUGAUCACUUUGUUCUCUUCGUUCGACAGUUCUUCAUUUUCUUUCUUUUCCUUUUCUUUCAUUCGUUGGUUUAUUGCUCAGACUCUUCGAUUGAUUUCUGUUUUCCUUCCUUUAUUCUUUAUUGCCAUUAAUCCUUCCUUCUUUUCUUUUUUUCUCUUAAUUUAUUGGAUCUAUGCUGGCCUUCAUACUUCUUUCUUUUCUUUAUUUACCUUAAUUUUUUUGAUCUUUGUUGUCCUUAAUCCUUCUUUCUUUUCUUUAUUUCUCUUAAUUCAUUGGAUCUUUGUUGCCCUUAAUCCUUCUCUCUUUUCUUUAUUUCUCUUAAUUCAUUGGAUCUUUGUUGCCCUUAAUCCUUCCUUCUUUUCUUUUAAUUCAUUGGAUCUUUGUUGA